AUGCCCGAAGCCUCUAUGGAUCCUGGCUACGGCAGUCUGAGAAGAAACGUCACACUUGCUUGUGACUAUUGCCGCAAGAAACGAGUCAAGUGCACUGGUACUGCUCCAUGCAAGCUCUGUGCCGAAAAUCGUCAUCCGUGUCACUUUGAUGAUAGGAACCGCAAUCGCCGCGGACCGCGGCCACGAGCCAACAGCAGUCGGCCUUCCCGGAUUUGCCUGAUUGCGCCCGCGCCCUCGAGACCUUCUGACCGGCACGUCGACCAGAUAAGCUCAUUCUCUGGCGGCGAUUACCUUCCUUCGUCUCCUAAUGUAGCAAGCUCCAUUAAGAACGUUGCUACCAAUGAUCUAGACGAUGACGACCCUGAUUCCGAAGAAGAUGUCUUUCCCCCAGCGACUGAGUGGCGAGGCGGACUUGUGUCCGUGUUGAUGGAUCCCAGCACUACGGAUUCCUUGUAUGUAUCAGUCAUGCCCUCGGCUACUCUUCAAGAACAAGGGCUAAGGUCAAGCGCCGAGACGCAUCUAGUUGGAAUACGGUAG